UAUGGUUAAACCUCAAUAUCUUCUCAAUAUUUUCUCAAUAUUUGCUUACUUAAAAUGUUUCUAGAAUGAUUUUGUUGAUUGCCGUGAAUUUAUUGCUAGAAGCCCUAAACUUUUUUUGCAUAUAAAGUCAAACUUCACUAUUAGCUUCGUAGUUUCACGAUAGUUUUUCCUCUCUGAUCUAAGUCUCUACUCUCUAAUCUCCCAACUCUUCUUCAUCAACUCAUCAUGUCCGAUUCAGUUCCUACUAAGGAACAAGAUCCAGCUAGGAAACAUGCAACUCCUGUUUCUUCCAAACCUGGUAGUUGGGUGUGUAACUAUUGUAAAAAAAUCACAAGCGGUGGAGUACAACGUGCAAAACAGCACAUUGUUGGUGGUUAUAAAAAUGUUACUGCCUGCACUAUGGUUUCCGAUCAUAUAAAGGAAGAAGUCAGAAGUUUCAUGCUUAAGAAGGCAGAAGCUAAAGCCACUACUCAAAUGAUGCCACUACCACCCAAUUUAUACGAUGAGUAUGAGGAAGAUGAAGAUGAAGGUCAGACUAGUAAGCCAUCGCCUUCAAAUAAACGUAAGGGUCCAAUGGACAAGUAUGUAUGUCCAACUCCUCCUGAUGUCUUAAAAGUUGUGAAAGAUGCUCAUUUGCUGUUUGAUCAUCUUGAUCGUAUGAUGGAAGAAGUUGGAGAAUCUAAUGUUGUCCAAGUGAUAACUGAUAACGCAUCAAACUAUAUAAAAGCUAGCCAAUUACUAAUGGCGAAUCAACCACAUCUAUAUUGGCUUCCUUGUGAAGCCCACUGCAUCGAUCUCAUGUUGGAGGAUAUAGGAAAAAUUCCUAUGGUGAAGACUGCAAUCAAGAACUGCAUCUACAUGAAUGGCUACAUCUAUAGUCACACUUCUAUUGUGAAUAUGAUGAGGAAAUUCACUCAAGGAAAUUUACAUAGACCGGCAGUUACUAGGUUUGCUACAUCAUUCAUCACAUUGUCGCAGUAUCACAAGCAGAGGAAAAACUUGAGGAAUUUUGUAACUUCCCAAGAAAAUAAUGAUUCCAAGUGGUCAAAGGACUUAGGAGCAAGGAACGUGAAGAAGUUCAUUAUGCAAAACAGCUUCUGGCACCAUGUGUUGUAUGCACUCAAGUUGACAGGACCUCUAGUUAAAGUGCUUCGGUUGGUUGACGGAGAGAGAAAACCAGCUAUGGGGUACAUCUAUGAAGCAAUGGAUAGAGCUAAAGAGGCCAUUGCUAGGACCUUCAAUGGGAGAGAAGAAGAGUACAAAGAUGCAUUUGCGAUAAUUGAUAAGCGAUGGGAUUGUCAACUCCAUCAUCCUUUGCAUGCUGUUGGCUACUAUUUGAAUCCAGAAUUUCAUUACAACAAAGAGUCUGGGGUGCAUUGUGAAGAGGUGGAAAAAGGUUUCUACAGCACCAUUGAAAGGUUAGUUCCUUCACUUUCAACUCAAGACAAGAUAACCGACGAGCUUGUGCAGUUUAAAAAUGCUUCUGGACUGUUUGGGAUUCCAAUGGCAAUAAGACAAAGGACAACAAAAUCACCAUCUGAGUGGUGGUCUUCUUACGGAGGCUCUACACCAACACUUAGAGACUUUGCCAUAAGGAUUCUUAGUCUCACUUGUAGUGCGACAGGCUGUGAGAGAAACUGGAGCAUGUUUCAGCAUCUCCAUACUAAGAAAAGAAAUCGAUUGGGUCAACAACGUUUGAAUGACAUGGUGUUUGUUAAAUACAAUUGA